AAACAAUCAAUUCAAUUAAAUAAACUAUCUCAGGGAAUUCCCUGGCCAUCCAGUGGUUAGGACUUUGUUCUUUCAGUAUAAAGUAGAUGGGUUCCAUUGCUCAUAGGGAACUAAGGUCCUGCAAGCUACAUGUCUCUGCCAAACAUUAAAAAAAAAAAAAAAGCAAUUAACUAAUUAAAAAAAAGUAUUUCAGUUGAAAAGCUAUGCUUAUACUAAACUUUAUUUAUGCCUAAGUGUUAUGAGGGUGCCCAAGUGGAUUUAGAAUUACUAUUCUAACUACUUUAAUUAUUUUCCUUUGUAGCUACUCUUCAGGUUAUUAUCAACAUCCCCAUCGGUACCCUGCUGAAAUUCCAACCUCCAGGAACCCUGCAGAGAAUGGAGGUGGAGAACAGCACUGUGAAGACACAGUUCUUGCUCUUGGGAUUCAGUGACCACCCAGAACUGCAGAGUGCUCUUUUUGCUGUGUUUUUGUCCAUCUACUCUGUUACUCUGAUGGGCAACCUUGGGAUGAUUUUAUUAAUCACAGCCAGUCCCCCUUUGCACACCCCUAUGUACUUUUUUCUCCGCAUCUUGUCUUUCGUAGACGCCUGCUACUCUUCAGUCAUUGCCCCCAAGUUACUUGUGGACUUAGUUUCUGAUAAGAAGACCAUUUCUUACAAUGGCUGUGCUGCACAGUUAUAUUUCUUCUGCUGUUUGGUGGACACAGAGUCUUUUCUCUUGACUGUCAUGGCUUAUGACCGGUACAUAGCCAUCUGCAACCCCCUGCUUUACACCGUUAUUAUGUCCAAGAGGAUUUGCUGCCAGCUUGCAAUUGGAGCGUUUUUAGGGGGCACCAUGAGCUCAGUGAUUCACACCACUAAUACCUUUCACCUGUCUUUCUGCUCCAGUGAAAUUAACCAUUACUUUUGUGACAUCUCCCCUCUCUUCUCUCUGUCCUGCACUGACACCUACAUCCAUGACGUUGUACUGGUGGUCUUCGCUAGUUUAGUGGAAGCCCUCUGCCUUCUCACAGUUCUCCUUUCUUAUAUCCUCAUCAUAGCAGCCAUUCUUAAAAUAGAAUCUGCUGACGGAAGAAGAAAAGGAUUCUCCACUUGUGUGUCCCAUCUGAUUGUGGUCUCUAUCUACCAUGGUACCCUGAUCUUCAUUUAUUUGCGUCCCAGUGCUGGCCAUUCACUGGAUAUUGAUAAAGUGACCUCUGUGUUCUAUACAUUGAUUAUACCUAUGCUGAACCCCCUGAUUUACAGUCUGAGGAACAAAGAUGUGAAAAAUGCUUUUAGGAAAAUGAUUAGCAGGAAAUUUCUUUCUUAA